CCUGUGACACCACUGUGUGUCACCGGGUGCUGGCAGCCCAGGUCAGCCUGCAGCGGGGCUGCCUGAAGGCGGCUGCCUGAGCCCUGGGCACGAUGGAGUUUUUGGGGACCACGCAGGUUGCCAGCUACUGUGGCACGCGGAAGAGCUGCCUGUUCCCGGACCCAGCCCCCACCAGCACCACCAAGGACACCUACCAGUCCUACUACCUACCAGGAUACCGCCACCUCAGUUCCUGGAGGCCCAGUCUGCUUCACAAAGUGGUCUCGGUCCUUCCCAGCUCUGCCGAGCUGUUCAGUCCCACUGGGCGGCCACCCACUGUUCUGCCCACCUUGCGUUCUGCCCUGCAUUCCCGCUACAGCACUCGCGACUGGCACCACGCAAACAUGGUUCAGUUAAAAGGCUCUGAAGCCUCCAGGUACUGGGCUGGAAGGCUGAACACUGAUUCUUUGCGAUUGAUGCAAGAUAAGGACCAACUGACUCAUCAGAUGCAACAAGACAGUAGCAGAAACUUGGGAGAGAGGAUCACUAACAUUGAUUUCUGGAGAUCUGAGCUCGCCUAUGAGCUAGAGUGUCUGCUCAAAGAGACCCAGGCCUUGGAAACGGCCAAGAAACGGCUUGAAUGUGCUGUAGGUGAAAUCCAGGGACCGCUGAAGACAGCCCUGGAAUGCUUGUACUACCGUGAGAAGCGGAAGGAAAUAGACUUGGUUCAUGAUGAUGUGGAAAAAAACCUCAUGAAGGAGGUUGAUAUAUACAAAGAUUGUCAAGAAAUACUGGCAAAACUUGCACAAAGAAUCAAUCAUCAGUUGGGCAUCAACAGAGAUGCACAGCAUGCCUUGGAGCAGGAUCUUUCUGACAAAAACUCAGCCCAUUUUAUUGACAUGAAGUGCUUUAACCUGAGGAACACAUCAGACAGCAUCAACUUCUACCAUGGAGUGGAGAAAGCAGAUGGGACUGUUUCAGUUCCUGCAACGUGGGCUAAAUUCAGUGAAGACAAUGUCAGGUGCUCUCAGCAUGCAAGGGCCAAUUCUGUCAAGCUCCGGGAGGAUACAGAGGUUGCACUGGAGAGCACAUCUGAGGAGCUGUGGAAUCAAUUUGUCAGCACCAACUUGGCCUUUAACAGGCGCAUUGCUGAAGUAGCUGAUGCAAAGAAUAAACUCCAAGCACAACUGGCUAAGGUACUUCAAGAAAUCUUCCAGACAGAAGAUACAAUCAUGCUACUGGAGAGAUCCAUAAUGGCAAAGGAGUACCCACUGAAAGUGGCUCAGACACGCCUGGAAGGAAGAACCAGGCGACCCAAUAUAGAACUAUGCCGUGAUGCACCUCAGUUUCAGCUUGUCACUGAAGUUUAUACUAUAGAUGACACCUUACAGACCUUAAAGAAACAUUUGCAAGAAGCCCGGGAUGCUCUGCAAAUGCUACUUCACAACAAAUCAAAGCUGGAACACGACAUUUCUGUGAAGGCAAACUCCUUCUUCAUUGACAAGAAGUGUAUGGAGAUGCGCAAAACUUUCCCCUGCACCCCACGGCUCAUUGGCUACAUUUGAGCAGUAACCUUUGAUAUCUCUCAUGCAUGAUAUAAAAGCUGCAAAGGUUGCAAAUAUUUCCUGAAGGAAAUCAUUAUUUUGUUGGGGUUUUUUUUCUUUGUUUGAAAUCCAAUAGAAAUAAACCAACCAAAAUCAA